CGUUGACCGGUCUACAGAUCACAUUAUUAUCAUUAUUAUGACCGAGUCGCUGAGAGGUACCUUUAAGCCCGUUAUCGUCGACACGGCCGCCGCAGGCCCCGUCAGUGAUUUGUGCGAUUACCAAUUAUUUUGCCAUUACUACGCGUCGAAAAUAUUAUUAUACCGCGAUACUGCAGGGCACAACGAUAUACACCCUACUUCCGCAGCCACCGCGUAGUUAUCACUAUUUCCGGUCCGAGGCGCCGACGGACUCCUCGCCGUACGUUACAGGCGUUACAGCAUCACAAGCCACGGUUUCCGGACAAUAAUGGACGGACCCGGAGGAGAAGGAAACGGGCCGCCGGGGCAUCAUCAUCAGCAGGAGCAGCAAGAACAGGACAAUGAACACCGUCCUGCGGCCGACACGCAACAGCUGGAUGUGCCCAAACCACCGGCACGCCGCCUGUCGCGCAGCACAAUGUCACUGAAGAUUGCACCUGAUAUACCGGCGAAACCGCCGAAAUUCCAGUUUUUCCCGUCGUCCCCGACCGCCAUGUGCAUGAACAUGCCUAUGACCCCGACCGCCGACCCGACCAUCCCGAAUGGAUUUUCACCGCAACUUUACCAGGCGUACACGUCCAACAAAGCCACAGAUUUUUUCUUCAAACAGCUAGAAGGAGUCAAAGAUAUCGUCUCCACGGCCAAAUCCAGUUUAAGCUUUGGCGAAAGAGCCGUUUUCUGGAUGUACGACAAAAUUAGAGAAUGGUCUAGAAUGUGGCUUACUCAUUUCUUCCUACUUUUCAUUGCUGCUGGUUAUUGCGCAGCUGGAGCGCUAAUAUUUCAAGCAGUCGAAGGGUCCAAAGACCAAAACAUAGUUCUCAGAGGGAGAGAACAGUUGGUUAUAAAUGUUGCCAAUCUGAUGGAGAAAAUCGUAAAAAAAAAUGACUCAAUAUUUAUAGAAACCGUAAACCUCAUUCGAGAUUACGAAUCCUUUUUCGUGCAGAACAACAAACCAGAAUGGAAUUAUUUAAACGCCGUAUUUUAUUGUGGCACUGUGUUUACAACUAUAGGUUACGGUCAUAUAUCUCCGUCGACGAAUACUGGACGGUUGAUUACCAUUGUGUACGCAAUAUUUGGCAUACCGAUAUUCCUUAUAUUGUUGGCCGAUUUUGGUAAAAUGUUCACCAGAGGCAUUAAAUUUCUCUGGGCGUUCGUCCGGCGUCUAUACUACACAGGCAGCUGUCGAAAAGUUCGCAGAACUGCUCCAGUUCAAGAGGUUAUGAAAGGCGUACAGAUGAUGUACGACAUUACCAAAUUCCGGAGGCCAAGCAAUAUGUUUGGCGGAGUACCGGACGGCCAAUCCGGAUUUCCUCCAACAUCUCCCAGCACGCCAGCUCUCAGCGUGUACACUAUUGACGACGAGUUCAACCUGCCCGUUUCAGUGGCAUUCAUCAUGCUGGUAGUGUACAUUGUCAUUGGAGCCAUCAUGUUCUGUUUCGAGGAAGGAUGGGGAUUUUUUGAAUCUUUCUAUUUCGUCUUCAUAUCCAUGUCGACGAUCGGAUUCGGAGAUUUUGUGCCCAAGAACCAACUCGUGAUGAUUGUGUCUAUCGUAUACUUGGUUUUCGGACUCGCACUGACAUCUAUGUGCAUAAACGUUGUACAGGAAAAGUUGCAGAAUUCGUUCAGACAAGCAACAACCAAAAUAAGUGCAACAAUUGGUCUCGGGUUACCAAGGACAAAUAAUAACGAGCCAGCGCCUAUCGUAGUGAACGACAUGACAACCAUCGACGCAGACGAUAUGAUGACAACCAUCGAUGCGGACGCAGUUACCGAUAACGACGACGACUGAUUUUCUUUUUUCAUUUCAACGAUGUACGAUGACCAAGUACAAAUUAUAUUAUUAUACGAGAUGCGAGAUUCGAGGUUUCCAUUGGUUAUUGUAUACAAUACAAAUAAUAAUAAUGACGCACUCUUCCGAAUCCUGUAAAAAUGGAAAAAUAAUAAUUGUAUAUAUAUAUAUGUGUGUGUGUGAUCAAUAUAAAAUCGGUCAGUUUUUUUU